ACCAACAAACCCAAACAACCAAAUCAACAUGAAGUUCCUCAUUUGCUUGGCUCUCUGCAUUGCCGCCGCCCAGGCUGGUUACCUCGCCUCUCCAGUGGCCACCUAUGCCGCUGCUCCAGCCUAUGCCGCCACCUACUCCGCCGCUGCUCCUUUGGCCUACUCCGCUCCAGUGGCCACCUAUGCCGCUCCCGCCUACUCCACAUACGCUGCCGCUGCUCCCGCUUACACCGCCUACAGUGCUCCAGCUUAUACCGCUCCGGUGACCAGCUAUGCCGCAGGACCCGCCUUCGCCGCCCCCAUCACCACCUACGCUGCUCCGGCUGUGGUCAGCUCCUUCCUCAAGAAGAAGUAAACAGGACUUGACUGCUGUACCUGUUGACCCAUUCAAUCGAUUUAAUAGACAAAAUUAAAUAAAUCAAAUUUCAAGUAAUUGAAUAUAUUCUUGCUGAUUUUACUCUACCAAUGGGUGGUGCAAUCCCC